CAUAUACUUUUGUGUCUACCUGGUCUUGCUUUUGUUCUCUUUUUCUUUUUUCUUCUCUAUAUCUUCCUCUCUUUCCUCAUCUUGUAAAUUAAGGAGAAAAUUUAAUCUAAAUGGGUUGCACAAGGCUGGGGAUCUGAUUCUCGGUGGGCUGGUUGAGGUCCACUACACCUCAAUCUUCCCUGAGUGGACCUUCACUUCAGAGCCACUUCAGCCCACCUGCAAAGGCUUUGACACUCAAGGGUUCAGGCAUGCCAUGGCAAUGGUCUUUGCUGUUGAUGAGAUCAACAAGAACUCAAAUCUGCUACCAAAUGUGACUUUGGGAUACAGUCUUUAUGAUAACUGCGGUGCACUUGUUAUUGGAUUUCGUGCUGCUUUAGUGCUGGCCAGUGGUCAAGAGGAGCAGUUUCUGCUUCAGGAGAACUGUUUGGGGACCCCUCCAGUUAUGGGGAUUGUGGGUGAUUCCUAUUCAACAUUUUCAAUUGCCACCUCCAAUGUGCUUGGUUUAUUCAGAUUGCCUAUGGUAAGUCAUUUUGCCACCUGUUCCUGCCUGAGUGAUCGGCAACGGUUUCCAUCCUUCUUUAGAACAAUUCCAAGUGAUGCUUUCCAGGUGCGUGCUAUGAUUCAGCUUAUAAAACACUUUGGAUGGACUUGGGUGGGCCUGCUGGUCAGUGAUGAUGACUAUGGGCUAAAUGUUGCCCGAUCCUUCCAAUCUGACCUGGCUCAGUCUGGUGGAGGUUGUCUGGCCUACUUAGAGGUUUUGCCUUGGGACAGUGACCCAGCUGAACUUAGGAGGAUUGUGGAUGUGAUGAAGAAAUCAACAGCUCGCGUGGUCAUGGUGUUUGCACAUGAAAUCCACAUUUAUCAACUAAUGGAGGAGGUGGUGAGGCAGAAUGUGACAGGUCUGCAGUGGAUGGCCAGUGAAGCUUGGACAUCAGUUGAUGUACUCCAGACGCCCAACUUCAUGCCAUACCUGGGUGGCACACUGGGCAUUGCCAUCCGCCGAGGAGAAAUAGCAGGGUUCAAGGACUUCCUCUUGAGAAUACACCCUAACCAACACCACAACAACUAUGGAAAUAGUAUAGUAAAUCAGUUUUGGGAAGAUAUAUUUCAGUGCAAAUUUCCACCACCUCCAGCAGGUUGGGUGGAGGCUGGGGGGACACUAUGCACUGGACAGGAGGAUCUGCAUAAUGUGGAGAGUGAGUUCUUUGAUGUUUCAAACCUCAGGCCAGAGUACAAUGUGUACAAGGCUGUCUAUGCUCUGGCGUAUGCCCUCGAUGACUUGCUGCGCUGUGUGCCAGGGAGAGGGCCUUUCAGUGGGCACAGCUGUGCCACUUUGCAAAGACUGGAGCCAUGGCAGCUGGUAUAUUAUUUGGAUACAGUAAACUUCACCACACCAUUUGGGGAUCAAGUGUCAUUUGAUACGAAUGGCGAUGUCUUACCAAUAUAUGACAUAAUGAACUGGCUGUGGCUCCCUGAUGGAACAACAACGAUUCAGAAUGUGGGUGAGGUUAAAGAGUCAGCCAAAGGUGAAGAACUCAGACUUCAUGAAGACAGAAUUUUCUGGAACUUUGAAUCCAAACAGCCACCCCGGUCAGUUUGCAGUGAGAGCUGCACCCCAGGUACUCGCAUGGCCAGAAAGAAAGGGCAACCUGUGUGCUGUUUUGACUGCAUCCCUUGUUCUGAGGGAAAGAUCAGCAAUGAAACAGACUCCAUGGAGUGCACCAGUUGUCCAGAGGACUUCUGGUCGAACGUCCAGCGUGACUACUGUGUUCCUAAGAAAACUGAGUUCCUUUCCUACCAUGAGCCUCUGGGUAUCUGCUUGACAGCUGCCUCAUUGCUGGGCACAUUUAUCUGUGCUGUUGUCCUGGGCAUCUUCACCUAUCAUCGCAGCACACCCAUGGUACGCGCCAACAAUUCAGAACUGAGUUUCCUGCUCUUGGUGUCACUUAAACUAUGUUUCCUCUGCUCACUGCUGUUCAUCGGCCGUCCCAGGCUGUGGACAUGCCAGCUGAGACAUGCAGCAUUUGGGAUCAGCUUUGUGCUUUGUGUCUCAUGCAUCCUGGUGAAAACCAUGGUGGUUCUGGCUGUGUUCAAGGCCUCCAAGCCAGGAGGUGGAGCCAGUCUGAAAUGGUUUGGUGCUGGGCAGCAGAGAGGGACAGUUAUUGUUCUUACUUCUAUUCAGGCAGCAAUUUGCACUGCUUGGCUUGUAUCUUCCUCACCAGCACCUCAUAAAAACACUCAAUACUACAAUGACAAGAUAGUUUAUGAGUGUGUAGUUGGGUCAACGAUUGGUUUUGCAGUGUUACUGGGUUACAUUGGCUUACUGGCUAUCCUUAGCUUCCUGUUAGCAUUUCUGGCAAGGAAUCUUCCAGACAACUUCAAUGAGGCCAAGCUCAUUACUUUCAGCAUGCUGAUCUUCUGUGCUGUGUGGGUGGCCUUUAUCCCUGCUUAUGUCAACUCUCCAGGCAAAUAUGCAGAUGCAGUGGAGGUAUUUGCCAUCCUGGCCUCAAGUUUUGGCCUCUUGGUGGCACUGUUUGGACCCAAAUGUUACAUAAUCCUGCUGAGACCAGAGAGGAACACAAAGAAAGCAAUCAUGGGUCGAGCCACCCCCAAGACAUAAAGCAGCACUUAUGAUACUGUCUGUAUUUCACAUUCUUGUAAAAAAAAAAAAGGUGAUCCACAUAAUGGAUCCACAUUAAAAGUAACUGUCUUUUGAACUUUAAAAAUUUACAUGAAAGAAAAAACCAGAAUGAGAAGAAAAUGAAUAAAUUUGUUAAUGACAAACUGA